CCGACAGAAGUGGCAGAAACGUACGGGCGGAAAGUCGAACGACAGAUUGGCGAGUUCGAGCGCGCGCGUGUGUGUAAUAGAAAUUAUAAUAAUAUUAAUAAAAUAUCAACUCGUAUAAUAGUCGUAUUCAUAUUGUUGUAUUGUAUUAAUUUAUAUCUCCGUCGAGUUUGUCGUUUAUUUCACGGAUACGUCUUCUAAGUGUUGUUAAAUAAUAAUAUAAGAGUAUAUUUUUUUUAUCGUCAAUAAAACAAAAAAAAAAAACUCGUUCAUCGAUUUUCGGAGUUUUUGUGAUAUUCCUCUGAUAAUCUAUACAGUAGUGUACACACAUUAUUUUAGUUGUCGCGGAGUGGCAUAGUGCGAUCCAUCACACAAUAGUUAAAUGAUAUGUGAUCAUAAUAACAACAAUAAUAGUAAUAAUAUGUGACUAUGAGUGUCCGUGGUGUUUGACGGAUACUCGAUCUACGUGAGGAUUUACGCGCUUUGAAAUUAUGACCGUUUCGUACUCGCGUCUCGUAGCUAACGGAAGUAGUUUUGGAUGUUUUGGCAGUAUACUUUGCAAAUGGCGAGGAAGCGUCUACAAGCUUGUAUGGAGGGAAUUAGCAGCUUAUUUAGUGGUUUAUUUUGCCAUAAAUUUAGCAUACAGGUUUGCAUUCACGGAAGCCCAGCAAAAGCUGUUCAUAAAAAUCCGGUGUUACUUGGCCGGUCAUUCUGCGAGUGUCCCGUUGACGUUUGCUAUGAGCUUCUACGUCGGUCUGGUGGUAAAGCGAUGGUGGGAACAGUAUAGGUUAUUACCUUGGCCCGAUACGUUGGCUCUUUUUGCAAGUGCGGCGAUACCCGGGACGACGGACGAGAGAGGGCGGCUUAUGAGGAGGAACAUAGUGAGGUACGCUGUACUGGCCUAUGUCAUCACUCUAAAGCAAGUGAGCAUAAGGGUGAAAAAACGAUUUCCCACAUUACAACACAUCGUCGACGCCGGAAUCAUGUUGGAGAGCGAAAAAAAAAUCGUGGAAAUGAUGGACGAGAGAAGCCCCAUGUCCAAGUAUUGGAUGCCGUUGGUGUGGGCGACCAACAUCAUAAACCGAGCUCGCAGGGAAUCGCUCAUAUCCAGCGACCAGGUGGUCCAGACGCUUCUCGUUGAGCUGUCGGACAUCAGGCGCCGACUGGGGUCUAUAAUCAGCUAUGAUACCGUUUGCGUGCCACUCGUCUACACACAGGUGGUCACGUUGUCGUUGUACGCCUAUUUUGGCGCUCAGCUCAUCGGUGCUCAGAUGGUAGAGCCUCCGCCAGAAUGGGGUUUCAAAGAUUUUAAAGAGUUCGACCUCUACGUACCGAUCUUGACGAUUAUCGAGUUUUGUUUCUUCGUCGGAUGGCUGAAAGUGGCGGAAGUUCUCAUCGGACCUUUUGGUGAAGACGACGACGACAUCGAGCUUAACUGGUUGAUCGACCGUCACAUAAAGGCGGCGUACAUGAUCGUAGACGAAAUGCACGAAGAGCACCCGGAACUGCUGAAAGACCAGUAUUGGGACGAGGUGGUGCCCAAAGACUUGCCGUACACAGUGGCGUCGGAACACUACAGGCGCGAAGAGCCCAAGGGGUCGGCCGAGUGCUAUAAGGUCAAGGAGUCGGAUUCGUUGUAUGCGAAUAUGGCACCGAUGCAUCACAUGCACAGGAAGACCGCGGUGCCCGAGGACGUGUACGCAGACUACGAAAGCGUUGACACGCCAAUGGCCGAACGCCGCAAAAAUUGGUUCCAGAGGCAAAUACAUCGGGUGGGAUCGAUUAGAUCGUCGUCGACCACUUAUUCGUCUGGCGGUCUGUUCAAUCGAACCAGGCACAAUUCGGUGUACUCGAGCCCGGAAAAUGGGUUACCCGUGUCUGCGGGUAUUAAUGGUCACGGCCACAUCAACGGCAUUAACGGGAGUACACCACAUUUGCAAAAGAUAACGCUAUACGACCGACUGUGGGGUAGGAAGUCUAUGAAAAGUCGACGGGGCAGUACCCAAGGUUCGAACAAGAUUAAUGGACAAAUGAAUGCCCGAGGAAGGCCUAGAAUUCCAACGCCAGAUGUGCAAAAGGAUGGUGUCGUCGAUAAGGACAACAAACAGAAUAUGUCCAUCAACGGUUCUAUUCCUCCGGGAACGUAUACGUCAGAUUUGCCCGCAGUCGUACAGGUGGUGUUGUCUCCAAUCCAAGAAAUGGACCCCAACCUGUCGGGCACAUUCCACAACCAGCGCCGAGUGACCGGCGCCGUGAGCGUCUGUCAGGGCGUGCUAACCCCGGCGUUCACAGGCACCGCCGUGUACACCACCAUGUCGGUCAGCCCGAUCGCCAUGUCCACGGUGUCUAUGAGCCGGCCGCUGCUGUCGUCGCUGGGCAUCACCACGGCGUCUGGGCCGUGCGGCGGCGCGACCACGCCACCCGCACAGCGGCUGCUCAUCACCGACGUCACUCCGGCCACGGUGGCCACUACGCACCACUCGGACAAGGACGACAGCGCAUGUGGCGGCAGUUCCAGUGGCAGCGUGUCCAGCACGGACGACCGGAAGACACCAGCGACCAAUAGGCGCAAGCGGGGCGAAGUAUACGUGUAGACACGUUCCGUUUGUUUCUCGUUUCUUCCGUUAAUUAUAAUUAUAUAAUUCAUAAUAUUAUAAUGCACAAUUAUUGAUUUUUUGUUAUAUGUGCGUGGGGUUGACGGUAUUUCUUUUAUUGUUGUUAUUGUUUCCGAAUAGGUCUAUAUUUUAGUCUAUGUAUAUCGGUGGAAGGGAUCCGUCAACAGAGGGUGCAGUUUGACUCUUGCAUGGGUGGGUGGACGAGGGAGGGAGGAAUAAGAUAUAAUAAUAUUUUCAUUUCAAACGAAAUAUUUUUUUUUUUUUAUAGGACGUAAUAUAAUUUUAUACGAUUCCUUGUGGAUUUAAUUAUUUUGAGGUAUCGUAAAUAAACAUUCACAGGUGUACAUUUUCUAUAUUUUAGCGUUUGAGAACGCUCCUCCGAAAAGAGUAAAGCCAAAUUUUACUUCUGAAUUAAACAGCAGAGUGAAUUUAAGUUGAUUGACAAAAAAUCGUCUAUUCCUAUAACCAUUUCCUUCAGCCUGCCCUCGACGCGGGCCUUCCAUAUUUUCCUGCUGAAACUUUCUUUGUUCAUAACCGUUUUACUAUUACGCCAUUGGUCUGCAGAUAUUUCGAAGUUCUGAGCACGGAUAGAUUUACCUGUAGAUACAACCAGCAAUAAUAUUAUUACGGCAUCAAAUAUUCUUAUCAAGUUACAAAUUAUACACAUACAAAAAAAAAGUCGCGUCAUAUAAUUAUAGCGCUCCUUAGUUACUUAUUAAUAAUAUUAUCUAUAAUAGCCGUAGACGGUGCUAGUAUGACGCGACUUUUUGUCAGAUUUGAUAAGAACAUUCGGUGCCGCUCAGCGAUGUGGUCCAAUAUAAGUCGUCGUGAAACACCAGUAUCUCUACGUCCGUGGUUUGGGGUAUAAUGUAUAAUGUAUAAUACAUUAUUAUUAUUGUGUUAUUAUUAAGGCUGAUACUUUAUUUUGGUACAUUGGUAUGUGUUAUACAGCUACAACAGCUGUUACAAGGGUUGGGUAUUGUGUAUCGGUGAGGUUUUCGGUAUUAUUUUAAAUUCUCGGUUAAUAUAAUAUAUUAUAAUAUAUAAUACAAAUGGAUAAUUUGCGAUAAGAUAUUUUCAAAAAAAUCUUUGUUACCUAAAUAUAUUGUUAUAUCACUAGUCGCUACCAGUAAUAAAUUAUUAUUUCGCGUUCGCGAUAAUGUAGGUAGGUAGGUAGAUGGUACUAUUCCGAAUGAGAAGACUGUUGACGAUGUGUAUACCACGCGUGGUAUAUAAUCGAAAUUGCCUAGUAGGUAUAUAAUAUACCGUCAGCCCCAGACUGUUGCAGUAUUUUCCUAUAAUAUAUUAUGUGAAAUAAUAUUACGAUGCGUUUACCGUAAUUUAUAUUAUAUGGUAUACGGUAUAAUACCUAUAUAUAUUAUAGACUCGUGCGAAAGUGUCACGUAGAUAGUAAACAGAAGCUAUCGUGACGAGACGAAUAUCGUAUAUAAGGCUAAUUGAGUAAUGAAAUAUGUGAUUUAGGUAAGAAUUUAUACUGUAAUAAUAAUUAAUGUACUUUUGUUUUAUUAUUGUACCUAUGCAUUACGUAGAAAUAGUAAUAUAAUAAUAUUUUUGAUGUAUGAAAAUUACCACCAUGAUAUACAAUAUUAUAUUGUAUUAUUUAGUACGUGACUACUACGCGAGAUUACAUGAUGUUGUAAAUUUUUAUAUAUAAAAAAAAUAAUAUAUAUAAUAUUAUGUAACGC